AUGCGUGUGGCUGAACUCUUUGAUGUCAAGGACAAAGUAAUAGUUGUGACGGGGGGCGGCCGCGGCAUCGGCAAGAUGAUCGCGGAUGGAUUUGUGCAGAAUGGCGCGAAAGUGUACAUUGCGUCACGUAAUCUUGAGGUCUGUCAAGCCACUGCAAAGGAGCUUAAUAAUAAAGGUCCAGGUCAUUGCAUCGCCCUUAAAGUAGAUCUAAUGAGCGAAGACGAGUGUAAGGCGUUUGCUGACGAAAUCCUUAAAAGGGAGUCACGACUUGAUGUGCUCAUUAAUAACUCGGGUGACGGAGCUGACACUCCUGUCGAGAAUACCCCAGCAAAAGUUUGGGAAGAAACGUUUGCUCUAAAUGUGACGUCGGCGUACCUCCUUACGCGACUUUUAUUACCUCUUCUCGAUGCUGCUGCUAUCAAGUCUGAUGCUGCUCGUGUAAUUAAUGUUGGAUCGAUUGGAGGACUUGUACCGCAAAAAAUCAACACGAUGGUGUACGAUUCGUCCAAAGCGGCGCUACAUCAUCUAACUCGCGUACUUGCUGCAAAGCUCGCUCGUCGUCCCAAUGGCGGUCAUAUACUUGUCAAUGCCGUUGCACUUGGAUAUGUUCCAUCGCGAUUGUCAGAGGGGGUUGCAUACGUGACAGGAAACACCCUCGAAGGAUUAAGCGAGUCGAUUCCUAUUGAACGAAUGGGGACUGCCCCGGACAUGGCUGGGUUGGCAAUAUUUUUAGCCUCAAAAGCUUCUGGCUGGAUCACUGGUCAGAUUAUCACGAGUGAUGGUGGAAUGGUCGGCGCUGCAGAGAUUGGCGUGGGUAAAUCAAAGCUUUGA